AUGUCUGCACUUCGAAAGAAAUUUGGGGACGAUUAUCAGGUAGUGACCACCUCAUCUAGCGGGUCUGGAUUCAAUCAGCCUCCCCCAGAGAAAAAGAGGAAGAGGCAGCGGUUCGUGGACAAGAACGGGCGAUGUAACGUCCAACAUGGGAACCUGGGUGGUGAAACCAGCAGAUACCUCUCAGACUUAUUUACAACACUAGUAGAUUUGAAAUGGCGCUGGAAUCUAUUUAUUUUCAUCCUCACCUACACAGUCGCUUGGCUCUUCAUGGCCUCUAUGUGGUGGUGCAUCGCAUACAUCAGAGGAGACCUCAACAGAGCCCACAAUGACAAGUACACUCCAUGUGUUGCCAAUGUCUAUAACUUUCCCUCAGCCUUUCUCUUCUUUAUAGAGACCGAGGCCACUAUAGGAUAUGGUUACAGAUAUAUCACAGACAAAUGCCCCGAGGGGAUAAUUCUCUUUCUUUUCCAGUCGAUUCUCGGAUCGAUCGUCGAUGCCUUUUUGAUCGGCUGCAUGUUUAUCAAGAUGUCUCAGCCCAAAAAACGGGCCGAGACUUUGAUGUUCAGUGAACAUGCGGUGAUUUCUAUGCGAGAUGGAAAACUAACUCUCAUGUUCAGGGUCGGCAACCUGCGUAACAGCCAUAUGGUCUCUGCACAGAUCCGCUGCAAAUUGCUGAAAUCUCGCCAGACGCCCGAGGGCGAGUUUCUUCCGCUGGAUCAGUUGGAGCUGGAUGUGGGUUUCAGUACUGGGGCAGACCAGCUCUUCCUCGUCUCACCACUCACGAUCUGCCAUGUGAUUGACACCAAAAGCCCUUUCUACGACCUCUCCCAGAGGUCCAUGCAAACAGAGCAGUUUGAAAUUGUGGUGAUACUAGAAGGAAUAGUAGAGACUACAGGGAUGACCUGCCAAGCGAGGACGUCUUACACUGAGGACGAGGUUCUGUGGGGACAUCGCUUCUUCCCAGUCAUCUCCUUAGAGGAAGGCUUCUUUAAGGUGGACUACUCUCAGUUCCACGCCACAUUUGAGGUGCCCACCCCUCCAUACAGCGUGAAAGAAGCAGAAGAGGCUCUGCUCCUAUCCUCGCCCCUCAUGGCUCCAUCCCUGUGCAACAGCGGGGAGAAAAACAGCUCUCUGGACUGCCUGGAGACCCUGGAGGACAAUGACAGCACCACCAAGCUGCCCACCAAGCUCCAGAAGAUCACAGGGCGGGAAGGCCUGCCCAAGAAGCUACUAAGGAUGAGCUCCACCACCUCAGAGAUGACUUACAGCUUUGGAGACCUGCCCAUGAAGUUGCAGCGAAUCAGCUCUGUUCCCGGUGUCUCUGAUGAUAAGCUGACCGGUAAGGCCUCAAAGAUGAGCACAGAGCCCAUGAGUAAGUCAGUGGCGGACUUACCUCCCAAGCUGCAGCGACUGGCUGGGGGGGGAGGGGGCAGGAUGGACGGACACCUGCCGCCCAAACUCAGAAAGAUGAAUUCAGAUCGCUUUACAUAGAGCAGGCAACAUAUUUUAACUUAUGCUAUCCACCUUUAUUUCCCUACUUAAAGUCCUUGUACUAUCCCUAAUUUAUUAAUGGACAAUAUUCUUAUAUUAAAAGAAAUGUUGAAUAUGUGCACAAAUACCUUAUAUAAAGUAGGGUGAUGGAAUUGAGCACAUUUGGACCUGGAUGUAAGUGUACAUGCUAUGAUGAAAGACCUCUGAUAUUUUUUUUAGGAUGAUGUACAAUUAGCACAAUCCGGCAUGUAAGAAACAGCGCAUGUAGAACAGAAUCUCAAUAAUUUCUGGCAUGACAUUUAUCGAUAUAUUAUUUUACAAAAACAAUUUCAUUGGUGGAUUUAUUGACAGUGAACAAUUGCACAAAGCCAUAUAAUUUACAACAUGGACAAACCUACAUCACAUGGUUCUAAUUUGUGGUGACAAAAGGCACAUACAUUUGUUUUGAGUUGAUUGCUUUUGUUGUUUAAUGUAAAAUUGUGGCAAUGUUUAUGUUGAUUGCAUGCUCGUCUUAUUGACUUAGCUAUACAAAGGUAAUAGACAAAGAUGUUUAGCCUUAACUAUAUUACCUUGUUUCCAUUUUCAUGUUUGUUCACAGCUGGAUUUUGGUAUUUCAUAUAUAGACUAUUUUACCAUGUGCAAUUUUAUGACUUUAUUAGUUGAUCAAAUACAGAAUAUGUUGCUAGAUGAUGCAUUUUGAAUUUGAAAAUGCAUUAUUGGCAUCAUUUGACCUGUCUAAACUGAGCACAAUGCUACACAAUUUUCACUUGCUUAUUAAAGUAACACUUAAGUUGAAAGAGUCGAUACUUUUGCUCGAUAAGCACAAAGCAAUCAUUAUAUAACACCCUGUGAUAUUAGAAAGCAUUUAUGGGCAUUUUGUCAUUAACUGCUUAGGACAGUAGUCCGAUAUUGUGCAAUCCCUUUGUUUCAUUAUAUAACUAAAUCAACUUAAUCUACACUAGGCCUGUGUGCCUAGACACACAGGAGACACUCCAUUAGAAUUUCAACUUAGGUGUUACUGGUUAGAGUUACGACGUUUUUCCACUGCAUGGUAUCUACUCGACUUGCCUCGACUCUACUCACCUUUUUAGAUUUUCCAUUACGAAAAAAAGUCCCUGGUACCUGCUAACAGGUUCUUUUUGUAGUAGUACCUCAGUCAGGGUUCCAAGCGAGCUGAGGCGAUACCAAAAGAUGACGUAAAAAUUUGCUAAAUACUUAAUGGUCGGAGAGAAUCCACUAAUUUAGCCACUAAUCACUGCGUCCUCAUUGCUAGCGACAGACGGGGGGUGUCCUGUACAAACCCGCCGUGUUAACCGGUAAAUAGUUUAUCCAGUGUUUUAAUUUUUUUGCUGCCUCCAGGUUCAUUAGAAUCAAAAACAACACCCCUUCGACGUUCUGUGUGUGUGUGUCGCGUUAGGUCACGGCAGUUUCAUGCUAUGAUGACCAGACACGGCUCGCCUCACUCAUGAGGCAGUACUAAUCUGCAAUGGAAAGAGGAGGACGGGACACCGGGGUCGAGUCAAACCAAGGCUAGGCGAGUCGAGCAGGUACCAUUAAUGGA